CCAUGUCGGGGAAACUCGUGUGCGUGUCCGACUUUGAGGCGGAAGCCAGGAAGGUCCUUCCGAAAGCCGUCUACGACUACUACAGCUCUGGAGCCGAGGAGGAGGUCACGCUGGCUGACAACGUGGCCGCCUUCAAAAGGUGGCGCCUGAUCCCUCGGGUGUUGAGGGACGUGUCCUCGGUGGAUCUGAGCGUGUCGGUGUUGGGCCGCAAGCUCAACAUGCCGCUGUGCGUGGCGGCCACCGCCAUGCAGAGGAUGGCCCACCCGGAUGGCGAGACGGCAACGGCGAGAGCAUGCCGCGCUGUGGGCACGGGGAUGAUGCUGAGCUCAUGGGCCACCUCCACAAUCGAGGAAGUGACGUCGGCAAUGACGAGCUCGCCCGGCGUCGGCGGCGCGCUGUGGCUUCAGCUUUACGUCUACAAAGACCGAGCGCUCAGUCUCUCCCUGGUUCGUCGCGCAGAGGAGGCGGGCUACGAGGCCAUCUUCGUUACCGUGGAUACGCCCUACUUGGGCCGGAGGCUCGAGGACAUGCGCAACUGCUUUCAACUGCCCUCCCAUCUCAGAUUGGCAAACUUCUCGACGGACUCGUUGGCUUUCUCGGAGGUCGACUACGGCAGUGACAGCGGCUUGGCCGUUUACGUGGCGAAAGCCAUCGAUCCUGCUCUCUGCUGGGACGACAUCACCUGGCUCAAGAAAAACACGCACCUACCCGUGAUUGUGAAAGGAGUGCUGACUGGGGAGGAUGCUGCCAGGGCCGUGGAGUAUGGCGUUGAUGGCAUCUUGGUGUCCAAUCACGGAGCUCGACAGCUGGAUGGAGUUCCUGCCACGCUUGAUGUGCUGGAGGAGGUUGUGGGGGCAACCAAAGGUCGCUGCGACGUCUAUCUGGACGGCGGAGUGAGGCGAGGGACCGACGUCCUGAAGGCGCUGGCCUUGGGAGCCAAGGCCGUUUUCAUCGGUCGGCCUGUGCUGUGGGGCCUCGCCUGCCAGGGGGAGCGAGGGGUUCUUGCAGUUCUGCAACUUCUCAAAGAGGAGCUGAAACUUGCCAUGGCCUUGGCGGGUUGUCGCUCCCUCUCGGAGGUAAGCAGAUCCUUGGUCAGGAGAGCGGAGGUCACGUCCAGAAUUUAAGGUCAAUCGCCACGGAUCACCCGGAUGACCGCUUGCUCGCUUUCCGAGUCGGACGAAUUUGAAAUCCGCUAAGGUUACGCAUUACUAUGUCAUAUCAAUGUUUUUUUUUUAAUCUAGUAAGCUGUAUCUGUGCGUCUAUCCC